AUGUCUACCCAGAUGGACCAGCGCCUCUAUAUUUCUACCGUUGAUGCUGAGCCACUUCAUCGCUACCGAAAAGGUGGCUACCACCCAGUCACCUUGGGGGAAUACUUGAAAGAUGGAAGGUAUAAGGUGUUGCAUAAACUAGGGUGGGGAGGCUACUCGACGGUUUGGGCAGCAAGGGAUCAAAGGGAAGAGACAUAUGUUGCUGUCAAAAUUUCGGUUGCAGAAACUAAAUAUGACAUGCGAGAGCUACAAACUAUGAAAGAGUUGGCAUCUUAUCACCCUCACACGGUACAACUGCUUGAUAACUUCGAUCUAAAGGGCCCGAAUGGAUCUCAUAAAUGCCUCGUCUAUGAGCUUCUCGGGCCGAACGUCCCAGAUACAAUUGAUACACGCUUUCCAGAUGGGAGACUUCCUGGGAAGCUUGCCAAAGUUAUUGCAAAGCAAUGUUUGAUCGGGCUCGAUGGUUUACACCAACGAACGAUUGGACAUGGAGAUCUGCAUACCCGCAAUUUAGCCUUCACUAUGCCUUACAUAGACGAUUUGUCGGAAGAAAGGUUUAUUAGGAUGCUAGGGAAACCAGAUAUUGGCUAUGUCCAAAAACGUGAAAAUUGUGAUAGGAAAUGCCUAGAACCUGGCAUACCCGAAUAUAUUGUGAGGCCUGCCUCGCGUCAGACGCUUUGGAAUCCGGCUCAGACUGUCAAAAUACUCGACUUCGGAGAGUCGUUUUUACACACUACUAUUUCUAAGACACUACACACUCCUUUAUCUCUCCGAGCACCAGAAGUUAUCUUUCGGGAUCGCAUUGAUCAUCGUGUUGAUCUGUGGAGCAUGGGCUGCAUGCUCUUUGAAGUGUUCGCAGGCCAGCCACCUUUCGACACCUUCUUAAUAACUCCCACAAUUCUCGUUGACCAAAUGCGAGAAAUGGCAACCGACAGUCUACCUAAAAGAUGGCAAGGGGUGUGGAAUACGAUGAAUGCAGAGGAGGGCAUAGAAAGUAGCGGACCUAACUUACAGGAAUGGCUGGAGGAUGUGUACUUCAAUAGCCCGCUGAGUCCCGAUCUCACACGGGAGGACAUAGUGAGGCUGGGACAAAUCGUUGGGAGGUUAUUGCAUUUCGAGCCGUCUGCAAGAGCGUCAGCGAGAGACGUUCUUAAUGAUCCUUGGUUUAAUGAGUGA